CGAUUUGCCACGCCCACCACGAGACACCGUCAACCAAAACACAAAGCAAAUCUCUCUAAUUUCUACAUUUUUCGUCGAAAUUUCGUAAAAUAUGACUUUACCAUGACCAUAUAAACUUUUCAAAUCAAAUUUGAAGAUAUUUUCGCACAAAUGUCGUCGCAAGACCCAACUUUUAUCGUUUCUUUACUGUCCGGUGGUGCUGCCGGGACGGCGGUGGACAUUGCCCUUUUUCCACUGGACACCCUCAAGACGCGACUUCAGAGUCAGGCCGGCUUUUGGAAAUCCGGCGGCUUCCGAGGAAUUUAUUCUGGCGUCGGACCGGCAGCUCUGGGCUCCGCUCCCAAUGCUGCAGUGUUUUUCUGCACGUAUGACACAAUUAAAAGGCUUGGCCUUCCUUUAGUUUCGCCUCAGUACGCAUUUCUAGUCCACAUGAGUGCUGCCAGUAUCGGAGAACUAGCUGCCUGCAUUGCUCGAGUUCCUGUGGAGGUUGUAAAGCAGAGACGCCAAACCACAGCCCGACACCUUUCAGCCCUGACGGUCGCAAAGCAAGCCGUCCGCAAGGAAGGUUUCCGAGGCUUGUACCGCGGCUUCGGAAGCACCAUCUCGAGGGAAGUUCCCUUUUCCAUUAUUCAGUUUUCGCUCUGGGAAGCGAUGAAGAGCAAACUUGCCAGAAUGAAGGGUGUUGACCAGGUCGAUCCUGCCCUCACCUCUCUGUGUGGAGCUGUUGCUGGAGGCAUAUCAGCAGGUUUGACGACGCCAUUGGAUGUGGCUAAAACUAGGAUAAUGUUGGCAGACUCACAACCCACAGGCUCCAUUUUUGGCGUGCUCAAACAAGUUCAUUCAGAAAAAGGGAUUCAGGGAUUAUUUGCUGGUUUGGUUCCUCGAGUGAUGUGGAUCUCGAUAGGUGGUGCAGUCUUCUUUGGCGUCUACGAAUUUACCAAAGUCAGCAUAUCGAAUCUAUCUUAAGGAGCUGCUCCACUUGUGAUAGAAAAACUAGUUAAACUUACUGGACUUCAACCGGUAGCAAAGGGUCCUCAACAACACUGCUCAUAUCGUCUGGGAGCAGAUGGGUGCACCCAUCGACGGACACUGGCUUUUUGGGGAAGGUGAUCAGUUGGGCGGCGAUGGCAGCCUGAGUGCCAAACGAAAUCCAACUCAUGACGAGGAGGCCAGCGACUCCACCAACAAAAGUUCCCUGAAAUAUAAGUCAAGUGAAAAACAUUUUUUUUUAAUAAAAUUUCUUUCAUCAAGCAUAA